AUGCCGAACCCUCGCGAGCUGGUGGCCCACUACGAGAAUCAGGGGAUGGAGACCCAGGACGCCUCUCUCAAAGUCAUUCAGGAUUUGCAGGGCGCCCUUUUCAGGGUCGUCUCCUCUGGCCGCCGCAAGUUGACGGACACCGCCUCCUCUAAGUCGCCAGACACCGCCUCCGCUAAGUCGCCGGACAUCACCUCCGCUAAGCUCAACGCCAUCCAUUCCCGCCUCGUCGCCCUCGAGAUGAAGUUGGAUUCAAAGCCCAGCUACCCGCAGGCCGUUGCCGUUGGUGUUGCCUCCGCCGGAAUUUGGAAUGCGGUGGUUCAGCUGUGGGGCCUCGUUAAGCGGGUCAACUCAUCGUCCCCGUAA